AUGGCCAACCACCCCCUCCUAAUCAACCUUAUCAUAGCCCUCUCCUACGCCCUUCCCAUCCUGAUUGCAGUAGCCUUCCUCACACUAGUAGAGCGCAAAAUCCUAAGCUACAUACAAGGCCGAAAGGGCCCAAACAUUGUUGGGCCCUACGGGCUGCUCCAGCCCCUGGCUGACGGCGUAAAGCUCUUCAUCAAAGAGCCCAUCCGCCCCUCAACAUCCUCCCCAAUCCUAUUCAUCGCAACCCCAAUACUAGCGCUCCUCCUUGCAAUCUCCAUCUGAACCCCACUCCCACUACCAUUUUCGCUUGCAGAUCUCAACCUAGGCCUACUCUUUCUCCUAGCUAUAUCAAGCCUAGCAGUGUACUCCAUCCUCUGAUCAGGAUGAGCCUCCAACUCAAAAUAUGCCCUGAUCGGAGCACUACGAGCAGUAGCCCAAACCAUCUCCUACGAGGUAACCCUAGCCAUCAUCCUACUAUCCGUAAUCCUACUCAGUGGCAACUACACCCUCAGCACUCUCGCAGUCACCCAAGAACCCCUCUACCUAAUCUUCGCCUGCUGACCACUAGCCAUAAUAUGAUAUGUCUCUACACUCGCCGAAACCAACCGGGCCCCAUUCGACCUGACAGAGGGUGAGUCCGAACUCGUCUCAGGGUUCAACGUAGAGUAUGCAGCAGGACCUUUCGCCCUAUUCUUCCUAGCCGAGUACGCAAACAUCAUGCUCAUAAACACAUUAACCGCCAUUCUAUUCUUCAACCCGAGCGCCCUCAAUCCCCCCCAAGAACUAUACCCAGUAAUCCUAGCCACAAAAGUCCUGCUGCUAUCGGCAGGGUUCCUAUGGAUUCGUGCCUCCUAUCCUCGAUUCCGAUACGACCAACUUAUGCACCUGCUGUGAAAAAACUUCCUCCCGCUCACACUCGCCCUAUGUUUAUGACACACCAGCAUGCCAAUCUGCUACGCAGGUCUACCCCCAUACCUAAGA